AUUGGCCUUGCCUUCAACCAGCAAGGGCACUCAUCUGAUAGCAGAAAGGGGAGCUAUGGCGCGUCUAUUGCGAUCCAGUUUGAGAGGAUAUCUCACCACUCAGAUUAGAAUGUCGUCUGAUCAGCUGGGGGAGCUGGGGAAGGGGGCAGGCAAGGGUGGGGGUGCAGGAGGCUCCAUCAGGGAAGCAGGAGGGGCCUUCGGGAAGAAGCAGGCUGCAGAGGAGGAGCGCUAUUUCAGGCAAAAGGAGAAGGAGCAAAUGGCUGCCCUGCGACGCCACCACGAGGAGGAGAUCGACCACCACAAGAAAGAGGUUGAGCGGCUUCAGCGCGAGAUCGACCGCCACAAGGGCAAGAUCAGGAAACUCAAGCACGACGACUAGACGAGCUGGGCACUUAAAACUACUUGCAUAAAUCCCCACAGCACUCCAUGCUCUUCCUGCCCCGUGUCCUCUGUAUACCAAAAUCACUCGUUGCCUGCAUGAGCGCAUCGCUGCCAUGAUCAUGCUUUCUGGUUUUGUCUGUGAGCAGCAGUAGAAUCAUGAAUAAAGUUUACAGAUAAUUUUACACAUCAGUGCAGAUAGUGUCUCUUGUUUUUUGUUGUUAAGUCAUUUGUUUCUCAUACGCAUUAAUCAUUGACGGAAGUAGCCAGUAAUGUGUUUACUUACUGAUGUAUCAGUACAGAGUGCCUUCCACAGCUUUCUGUAAACGGCAGGCUGUCAAACGGAAAUGUAUUUUUGACUGGAGUGUAUGUGCAAUAACUGCUUUUGCAUACUUUUAUCUUCUCCACACUGGCAAUCAAAAUGCAAAUGUUCAAUAUGCCAUUGAAUCCUCCCCCCGUAUUGUUCCAUAUGCCAUCUUAUAAUGCCUCCAUAUUGUAGUCAUUCUGGCUGAAAUAAAUAUGCUCUUAUUGCUUCUGUCAGUUCCACUGAAACUGUAAAGGUAACCAAAACUUCCCACCAAAAAAAAGCUUUGAUGUGACAAUCAGUGCAAAUAAACAUGUUUGACAUGCUGGAAA